AUGGGUGAUAUUAUAAAAGGAUUUUUAAUAUCUUUAUUGACUGAAAAAUGCUUCAACGAAUACUUUUUAAAGUACAAUUUCCUGGAUGUUCCAUGUUUUAAAAGUAGUCUAAGCAAAGGUCUGGGUAUUGGUAUAAUUGCUGGCUCAAUUUUAGUAAAAGUCCCUCAAAUUCUAAAAAUUCUUAAUAGCAAGAGUGCUAAAGGGAUCAAUAUUUAUGGGGUCUCUCUUGAACUAUUUGCGAUUACUGCCAACUUUACAUACAGCUAUGUAAUGAACUUUCCUUUCAGUGCAUGGGGUGAAGGAACAUUUCUGGCUCUUCAAACAGCUGCAAUUGCAGCUCUUGUACUUCAUUAUAGUGGGUCUCCAAUGCAAGCUGCAUUAUUCUUGUCUGUAUAUCCUGCUGUUGUGUCAGCAUUAGUCAGUGGUUAUACUCCUGUUGAUGUUCUAUGGACAAUGCAAGCUGUUAAUGUUCCUAUUAUAUUAGUUGCUAAGGCAAUUCAAGUUAUAACUAACUACAAGAAUGGCAGUACUGGACAAUUAUCAGCGGUGACAUGUUUCCUUCUAUUUGCGGGCAGUAUUGCAAGAAUAUUUACAUCCAUCCAGGAAACAGGAGACCUAAUAAUUAUAGUCACAUAUUGUGUAUCAACUAUAGCCAAUGGUGCUAUUGUCUUCCAACUAUUUUGGUAUUGGAAUGUUGAUACAAGUGUAUCCACCAAAAACAAGAACAAAAAGAAGAAACGCACAUAG